AUGAGCGUCUCUGUGCUGACUCCCAUCAGGCCCCUGGCCAGCGUGUCUGGGCUCCUGCAAGUGGCCUGCCUGCUCAGCCUGGUCCUGCUGCUGAUCAAGUUCGUCCAGCUCUUCCUGCACAGGCAGUGGCUGCUCAAAGCUGUCCAGCAGUUCCCGUCCCCACCCUCCCACUGGUUUUUUGGACACUCCAAGGAGUUCCAAAGUGUUGAGGAGCUACAACAAAUAUUGAAAUGGAUGGAGAAGUUCCCGUGUGCCUGUCCUCGCUGGUUCUGGGGGACAAAGAUCCAGGUCAUAGUCUACGACCCUGACUACAUGAAAAUGAUUCUCGGGAGGCCAGACCCCAAAGCCAAAGGAAACUACGAGUUAGCAGUUCCCUGGAUUGGGUACGGUCUGCUCCUGCUGAACGGGCAGCCGUGGUUCCAGCACCGGAGGAUGCUGACCCCAGCCUUCCACUACGACAUCCUGAAGCCGUAUGUGGGGCUCGUGGCCGACUCUGUGCGCGUGAUGCUGGACAAAUGGCAGAAGCUCAGUGACCAGAACCCACUUGAGGUCUUCGAGCCCGUCUCCUUGAUGACCCUGGACUCCCUCAUGAAGUGCGCCUUCAGCUACCAGGGCAGCGAGCAGUCGGACAGGAGCUCCCAGCCCUACCUCCAGGCCAUUGACAACAUAAAGAACCUGUUCUCUUCGCGAAGGAGCAACAUUUUCCAGCAGAAUGACACCGUCUAUGGCUUGACCUCAGAAGGCCGCAAGUUCUACCAGGCCUGUGAUGUGGCCCAUGAGCACACAGACCGAGUGAUCCGGGAGAGGAAGGCUCACCUGCAGAAGGAGGGAGAGCUGGAAAAGAUCAGCGGGAAGAGGCACCUGGACUUCCUGGACAUCCUGCUCCGUGCCAGAAUGGAGAAUGGGGACAGCUUGUCGGACGCGGACCUCCGGGCAGAAGUGGACACGUUCAUGUUUGAGGGCCACGACACCACGGCCAGCGGCAUCUCCUGGAUCCUCUAUGCGCUGGCCGCCCACCCUGAGCACCAGCACCGGUGCAGGGAGGAGCUGCAGAGCCUCCUGGGGGAUGGCUCCUCCCUCAGCUGGGACCACCUGGACAAGAUGCCCUACACCACCAUGUUCAUCAAGGAGUCGCUGAGACUCUACCCUCCAGUGCCAGGCAUUAGCAGGGAUCUCAGCAAGCCCAUCACCUUCCCUGAUGGACGCUCCUUACCUGGAGGAAUCACUGUGAUGCUCUCCAUUUAUGGGCUGCACCACAACCCCGAUGUGUGGCCAAACCCUGAGGUGUUUGACCCGUCCCGGUUUGCUCCUGGUGCUAAUCGGCACAGCCACGCUUUCCUGCCCUUCUCAGGAGGGUCCAGGAACUGCAUCGGGAAGCAGUUUGCCAUGAACGAGAUGAAGGUGGCCGUGGCCCUGACUCUGCUCCGCUUUGAGCUGGCGCCAGAUCCCUCCAGAAUCCCCAUUCCAAGUGCAAAAGUUGUGCUGAGGUCAAGCAAUGGAAUCUACCUGCGCCUCAAAAAGCUACAGUAA